AUGAUUCUGAUGCUACCACCCAGCACAGCUGCUGUGACCGAUGAGGUUGGUGCUACCACUGCAGCUCCUGUGACUGGCGAGGUGGCCAUUACCACGGCAGCUGGGGAAGCUCCCAGCAGAGACAAAGAUGAUUCUGAUGCUACCACCCAGGUCGCUACUGAAACGGCAACUGUCAUCGCCUCGACUACGAUCGAUGCUCCUGUUGAGCCUACUACUAUCACGUCCCCUCUAUCGGUCAGCACAGCUGCUGUGACCGAUGUGGUUGCUGUCACUACUGCAGCUCCUGUGACUGGCGAGGUGGCCAUCAGCACGGCAGCUGGGGAAGCUCCCGGUAGAGACAAGGAGGAUUCUGAUGCUACCACCCAGGUCGCUACGGAGGCUGGGACUGUCACGACUACGAUCGAUGCUCCUGUUGAGCCUACUACUAUCACGUCCCCUCUACCGGUCAGUACAUCCGCUGUGACCGAUGAGGUUGCUGUCACUACUGCAGCUUCUGUGACUGGCGAGGUAACCAUUUCCACCGCAGCUGGGGAAGCUCCCGGUAGAGACAAGGAUGAUUCUGAUGCUACCACCCAGGUCGCUACGGAGGCUGCGACUGUCACGACUACGAUCGGUGCUCCUGUUGAGCCUACUACUAAAACGUCCCCUCUGCCGGUCAGCACAGCUGCUGUGACCGAUGAGGUUGAUGUCACUACUGCAGCUUCUGUGACUGGCGAAGUGACCAUCACCACGGCAGCUUGGGAAGCUCCCGGUAGAGACAAGGAUGAUUCUGAUGCUACCACCCAGGUCGCUACGGAGGCUGCGACUGUCACGACUACGAUCGAUGCUCCUGUUGAGCCUACUACUAUCACGUCCCCUCUAUCGGUCAGCACAGCUGCUGUGACCGAUGAGGUCGCUGCUACUACUGUGGAGACGACCGAUUCCGAGACUACUCUCAGUCCGAUUGUGUAG